AUGGCAUAUUUAGGAAUAUUUUUCUUGUUUAUCUACUGCGUUUACUUAACUCAAGCAGCUGAUAAAUAUACCGAUGAGAACAGACCUUACGAGUUUGGGUUCACAAUAGAAGGAGAGCAGCACAGACACGAAAAAAAAGAUGAAAAUGGGAUAAUCAUGGGUGAAUUUGGUUUCAUCACUGCUGAUGGAGUGUAUCACGUAACAGUUUAUGCUACCGACGAAAAUGGGAAUUUUAAAAUUUUGUCUAUGAAAAACAUCAGAGUCAAACCAUAUCCUACAUCGUCAGGCGCGGAAGCCAAAAAGAUAGCCUCUGUAAAUAAUUCUGCUAAGACGAAAGAUUCAAUCCCCGAACCAUCUAAGCAAGAAACAAUUAUUAAACUUGAACCUCCAUCACCUGCAAAAUCUUGUUCUCAUUGUAGUCUCCCUGCUACUACUACAUUAUCACCAAAGUUAUCAAAGGAAGUUUCAUAUACUUCUAAUAAACAUUCAUUAGAAAGCAUUACACCAUUUUAUGGGAACCAUGCUCAAAUGAAACAAAUGUCAAUAUCAGAAAAUAUAAAUCAUAUGCAGCAAAACUACGAUUCAAGCACUACUUCGUCGUCCUUUGAGAGUCAAUAUAAUAGUGAACAAAAACAAAUCAAUCAGAAUAUUGAAAAAGAAAACUCUAUCGUGAAUAAGAACGUUAAUUAUCAGGAAUAUAACGAAAAUUCACGGUCACCCCAGGCCUAUUCCCAGGAAAUUGUAAACGGAUAUUCACAAACGGGAAUAUAUUCUAACGGAUUAUCCCAAAACAAUGAUCGAGGUAGUGAAGAAUUAUUGGCUCACCAAAAUAUUCUUCCUAAUACAGAGCAACAGAAAUUGAAACAAGAAGAAUCGCUUCCUAGUAAUGGAAAAAAUUACAAUGUUGCUCCUGAAACUGAAAAUGUAUCACCACUGUCUAAUCACAAUAUUUCUCCAAUUUCAAGACAUUUAGAAGGCCCUAUAAAUAAUGAUAACUAUUUACAGAAACAAAGCACAUUAGAAAAAAAAACAACUUCCCAACCUGGGAACUGUAAACUUCCUACUCAAAUAAAUACAAAAAGCGACAGAAACCCAAAAACUUUUGCUGACUUUAUUCAGGAAGCAGUAGAACCUGAAAAAGCAACAAAUACAGGUCCUAACAUAUAUAGACCAUCUUUACCAAACUUAAGUGAAUUUUCUGGUAAACCUGAAUUAUUAGCAGCACAAAUUCAAAAAGUAGAUAAAAAUACCGAUAUAAAUCACUUAAAUCCUGGUGAAAGUAUCGGUCUACCCAAUGGAAUAACCAAAGAUGAUAUGUCUAAUCUCCUUUACACCUUUAAUUAUACAGUAGGAUUUCAUGGUCAUCAUGAGAAAGGCUAUGAAAAUGGUGUGAAACAGGGUUAUUAUUUUGUAACUGGUAGAAAUGGUAUAAGGACAAGAGUUGAUUAUGUAGCCGAUGAAACUGGUUUCCAUCCAAAAAUCACUCAGGAAGUUUUAGAUAUACUUUCAGAUGACGUACCCAAACCUGAAACAGAAAAAGAUGAAAAAUAUGGACUCAAAGGAUAUGAAUUCAAAUGGCUGUACUUUCCACUUGAAAAGCAUUCAAAAUAA